GACAAGCUUUAGUAGUGCAAAAUACUGCUGGUGGAGAUAAUACAAUUACAGGAGCAAAUAUAAUUUCUGUAGGAGUCUGGGAAGAAAAUUGGUCAAUUGCUGGAGGUCACCCUGCUUUAGCUGGAACAGCAGUUGUAGCUCCGAAUGCUGUACAAGGAAUUAAGUUAGUUCAACAAUUUGCAUCAGACUUAUGGAGAAUUGUCAAACUUGCCAAAAUGACUCCUGAACAAACUCGUGAGCAAUGGUUAAGAGGAUUAUCACCAAUGAAUCAAAAAAUAUUUGUCAAGUCAUUUCAACAAAAUCUUACAUUUGAUCAAUUUAAAUCUGAACUAGAAAAAGAAAGAUCUAUUUUUAAAGCUGAACUAUUAAAAUGA